GCGCACUCGACAGCAAUGAGUUUCGCAACCUCUGCAGCGCGAUUCAAGUGCGCACCGACACCUUCUUCAACGGCAACUUUAUGCGCGCGAUGGAGUAUUUUGACGAGGACAAGGACGAGCAGCUCAACCGGCGCGAGUUCCGCCUUCUUAGCAUCCAGUUUGGACUUAUUUUCUACCCGAUCUUUCGCUUCCAAAACAAGGUGCGCGUCAAAACGCUUGGGCGCUGGAAGUGGUACCACAUCAAGCGCCGGGGCAAAAGCAUCGACGCGUGCCGCCACUAUAUGCAGACACACGACGGGCGCGAGCCGCCCAUCACCUGGUUCGAUCGCGUCUUUAGCUGCUGGAACCAUGCCCCUCGAUUGCGCCACAUUGCCAUCCAGCUCUACAAAGCGGAUCAGCACCGACUGCAACUUGAAGCACAGCGCGCAGCGAUUCUAUUCAAUCUCGGU